CACGGAUACACAGAAUACUAUAUACAUUUUUCGACCGGCGUCCUGAACCUACCAAGAGCACAUCACUUCGGCGUUCAUCACCCAAAAAAACACAACCGACAAAGGAUGGCUUUGAAAAGAAUUAACCGUGAACUCAUGGACCUUGGCAAGGACCCACCGUCUUCCUGCUCUGCCGGUCCCGUCGGUGAUGAUCUAUUCCACUGGCAAGCUACAAUUAUGGGCCCUGCCGAUAGCCCUUACGCUGGCGGCGUCUUUUUCCUUUCUAUCCAUUUCCCCACUGACUAUCCCUUCAAGCCUCCAAAGGUGAACUUCACUACCCGUAUUUAUCAUCCUAACAUUAACUCAAAUGGCAGCAUUUGCCUUGAUAUUCUGAGGGACCAAUGGUCCCCGGCACUUACUAUAUCAAAGGUUCUGUUGUCCAUUUGCUCUCUGCUCACGGACCCCAACCCAGACGAUCCUCUCGUUCCAGAGAUCGCUCACGUUUACAAAACAGACAGAGCCCGUUAUGAGCUGAGUGCACGCGAGUGGACCAGAAAAUACGCUAUUUAAGUGCGAUAUGUUCAUCUUUCACGUUUACCAAUAAUAUCCUUGUUGUAGUCGGUAUGGUUAGAAAUACUUUUGUGGACGGGUUUGGUGUUGGUAAGUAUAGAGGGAAGUGUAAAAGAGAG